UUGACUUCCCUUUCACUCGGCCGUCGACCGCUUCGGCUGCUCCCCCUCUCAUAACACAAACACAACACCAUGGCGCCUCGAUAUGCCACGUCUUUUCUGUCAUUUUUGAUCUUUUUAGGCCUUUGUAGCUAUUCCCUUCCCGAAACUGCCGUGCCAUGGUACGAGUCGUUACCGGCAGUUGCCAUGGAUUAUAAAGUUCACAUUGACCCCGGGAAGGAAGACUGUUAUUUCCAGUACGUAAACCCAGGUGCCACCUUUUAUGUCAGCUUUCAGGUUUUGCGAGGUGGUGAUGGAAAUGCUGGAUUUGCUGUGAGGCAUCCAAAUGGACAGAUUGUCCAUCCUUACCAAUGGCGUCCAAACUCUGACUACCAAGACCAGCAGUCUGCCGGAGGAUAUUACAGUGUUUGCAUAGACAAUCAAUUUUCUCGAUUCGCAGCUAAGCUGGUGAAUCUUUACAUAACAGUUAUACGUUAUGACCAAUGGGACAAAUACACCAAGGAGCUGGAGGAAUUAAACCUGAGUGUGGAGAACUUCACUGAAGCUAUCAUUGGAGUUGAAAAGAACAUCAAUGAAAUGCUUCAGUUUCAACACCAUAGCCGUGGAAAAGAAGCUCGAGACUUCAAUCUCUUAGAGGACAACCAUUCUUAUAUUCUCAAUUGGUCGUUAGUUCAAAUUACCAUCAUUAUAGCAACAUCCACGUUACAAGUAUACUUUGUAAGGAAGCUCUUUGAAAUCAAAAAUGCCCGUCCUCGAGCUUGAACUCCAUUUUUUCCCCCUCUCAAUGAUGUCUUGCCUUUUUUUCUGUACAGUUAACUUAUUCAUUGAAAACAGUAUUGAAAUAGGUGCCGUCCGAAAGUGAUCUAGUUAUAAAAAUUAAUAAUUCCAUUUGCAUUUGUGUCUAUGUAAGCAAUGCAAAACUUUCAGUACAGUAUUUAUUUUUGUUUGUUAGCAAUUUAAGGACUUAUGUCAGCAUGUUCUGAAGUAUUGGUACUUAAACAAUGCAAAUGCAUACCUCAAAUAUUUAAGUUCUGGGAACUUUGACUUGAACUGAGACUUCAAAGAAGUGCCAACAAUUAUCUUUGCUGUGAACAAUUAUUUCUGGUUUUUCUUUAGUUUUUAAAAACCCAUUCCAUUUUGGCAUUGUGCUUCACUGAUGUGAUUGUUAUUUUUGAUAUUAUAAUUUGUUGAACAAAAUCUGUCGACUCCACUGCUUAAGCUUUCACAUUCUACUGGUGUAUUGAGAUCAUUUUUUUCCUUGGAGCAUAACUCGCAUGAUCAAAUGUGAAUGUACUGCUUUCUCUCAAUUUUAAGUGCACAUAAAAAAAUCAAAGAACAAAAAUUAUGAACAUUGUUAUUACUUUUGCACAUCCUUGUUAUUUUUAAAAGUUGUUUGUUGUGUUGUCGUUUUCAAAUGUUUGUCAAUUGUAUGUUGAGUGUUUCUUGUAUCUGAACUGACUUAAUUAUUAUUUUAGACUCUGUAGCAUUUUCAGCAUUACUCUAAGAAAGUCUGACUAUUGAUGUGUAGGUGUUUGUGAAUAAUGUGAUAAAAAGAGAGUUCUAUGUUACCUGAUCAGGUGAAAGGAAGACUCAAAUUAAAAAUAUAAAUAAGUCAA